AGAUAGAUAAAUAUUAAAUAGUUUGUGUUGUGUUAAAACAUGCGUCACGUGUUUGGUCCUUGUCUUUCAUACUUACCGUUGAUUCGCCUUUUCUGAGGCUCAUAUCAACUCCUCUCCUCUUCUUCUUCUCUCACCAUCAAAUCAAAUCCAAGUUUUUUUAACUCAAAAUUUUAUUCUAGUUGGUUAAAAAAAUGAAAUUCAGUUAUUGAGAGACUUUUUCACUUUUAAACUUUUAAAUUUUGUCUGGCUCUUCUUUUUGUGUUUUUCUUUUCUCUCCACUUCCAUUAAAGAAUCCAUCUUUUUUUUUCUUGGUGUUUAGCUUCACACUUCUUCACACACACCAUGAAAAACAAAAACGCUCUCUUUAUAUUUUUCUUCUUCUCAUUCUCUCUAUUUCAGCCGCUAUUUGCCGACGUUGAUUCAAGAAUAACUCCUCCGCCAGAUGCUUCUCAUUCUCAAAUGAUUAUCCCCAACACCACCUCCUCCUCCUCCUCUUAUUCCGAUUCCACAGCUCCAUUUCCGCCUCCGCCGCCGAAUAAUAACUCAUCAACCCCCUUCAAACCCAGCAUUGCUGUAAUAUUCGGCGUUUUAACCACCAUGUUUUCCAUCACCUUACUUCUCCUCCUCUAUGCUAAACAUUGUAAGCGGUCUAAUUUUUACCAUAAUGGCGACGCUGCUAGACCUGGCGGCGGAGCCGCCACCGCCCCAGAAGGAAGGAAGAACUCCGGUAUUGAUAGAGCAGUGAUUGAGUCGUUGCCCAUCUUCAGAUUUAGCUCACUUCGUGGACAAAAACACGGGCUCGAAUGCGCUGUCUGUUUAACCAAAUUUGAUCCGCAAGAAGUUCUCAGAUUAUUACCGAAAUGUAAACAUGCAUUUCAUGUCGAGUGUGUCGAUACUUGGCUUGACGCGCACUCAACAUGUCCGCUCUGUCGCUACCGAGUCGACCCGGAAGACAUUCUCCUGAUCGAUCAGGAGAAUAUUAUCGCCCGGAAUAUCUUAUCGCCACCACAGCAGAAUGAACAACCGCGACAGGAUCUUAAAGAAACGGUUAAAAGUAACAGAGCACGGAGAAUCUCCGGCAGACAUUCUUCUGCCGGAGAGAAGGCAACCAAUGGGUUUGAUCUGAAGCAGAUUGUAGUUCAACGACCGUGUGUUGUGUCCGAACGUGUUCCUCAAACGACAGUGUCAUCGACCUCAACGUCGUCGUUUGCUAGAAGGUCGUUAGAUAGUUAUAAUAACGGUUUGAAAAAGAAGAAUAGUAACAGUAUUAGUAGUAUCAGUAGGAGUAGUCAUGAGUCGGCAUCGGUGGCCGUUGGAUGCUUCGAUAGAUUUCAGUCAAAUAAUCAACGAAAAGACGGUCUUCUCCUCUUGACCACAACCAACGGCGACGAUCAUCAUGCUGAUGAUGAUCGCAGCGGAUCUAAGAGAGCAUCAGCGACAGGGAAUGCGGGCGCAGGUGUGGACAAGACAAGAUUUGAGCACAGAAUAAUUGUCUCAGGAAAUGGGAGUGGUAGUUGUGGUGGGUUCCAUAGUCAUCAAAGAUGGAGCGACGUACAGCCGUCAGAUCUUCUGUAUCUACGGUCAGAAAUGAUAAUUAGUGACAGCCGUAGAUUAUCAGGGACAGCAUUGGGAUCUAGACGGGGGAGAGAGCAGCAGCAGCAAGUUGACAAUAAUAAUAGGAGUUGCAGUGAAGAAGGUGGUGAUGGCAGAAGUGUAAUAAAUUCGAGAAGCGUGUCGGAAAUCACGGGGUUGAACAGGUUUUCAGAGAGUGAUAGCGUGAACAGCCGUCAGCAUCGAGAACGACAGGCGGGUGUUGUAUCAAGAUGGUUGGCUUGGAUUUCUUCUCAGUCACACCCUGCUGUACGGUCCCUCCGUACUACUACUACUAGUACAAAUACUCCUCUCAACGCUGCCGUUUAGUAAUAAAAAAAUUAAUUAAUUAAUUAGUUAGUUUUCUUAAUUUAUACUUUGCAUUUAGUACAUUAGUAAUUUUAUUUAGCUCCAUAGAAUUAAUUUUUAGGAACACAAUGUAGUAUUUGCAUUAGUUUUUAUUUUCACCAUUUAAUAUUCUUUUUA